AUGAGGUGCAUACGUUUCGAUGAUAUAAGUACAAGGACAGAUCGGGUAAAAAAUGAUAAAUUGGCCCCAAUACGAGACCUAUUGAAUUGCUUUGUAAUUAACUCCCAACAGUCAUAUUCUCCCGGCGAAUUCACCACUAUUGAUGAAAUGUUAGUCGCUUUCCGAGGCCGCUGUGGAUUCAUUCAAUACAUGGACAAAAAACCGGCGAAAUAUGGACUAAAGAUGUAUGCACUGUGCGAUGCCCGAACGUUUUAUACGUAUAAUUUAGAAAUUUACUGUGGAAAGCAAGACACGGGCCCUUUUGCGACAUCGAACAAGCCCUAUGAUAUAGUUACCAGACUAACUGAACCUAUUCAAAAAUCAAAGCAAAACGUUACAACCGACAACUGGUUUAGCAGUUAUCCAUUAGCUGAAAACUUACUAAAAAACGGAUUAACUUUUAUGGGCACCCUAAAAAAAAACAAAAAAGAAAUACCUCCGGAAUUUAUUGUUUAG